CAACCUUGGCGUGAAUAUAGUUUUCAAGGUCACGUCUGUCUUUGUCGUGUAGUCACCUGUGAGGACUUUUAUGAUUACGGCACCCAAUCAUUAAAUUGCUUCAACCUAGUCCAACAGCAGUUCGAGUGACAUUAUUUGAUUUCGUUCGUCGUAGACCCAGUUGAACUGGGUCGAUCGUCACCUAUUGAAUCUUUUCUAGCACCAAUCAUACAGGAUACAUACAGAAAUACGGUCUUUAACUUAUCAGGCUGGUUUGCACAGUCAUUCUUCAAGUAGUUCCAUCGCCUGUUGUAUUUUUUACACUGCAUGAACUUUGAAUACACAAAUGAAGAUCUCAUUUUGCAGUCAAGUAGCUCUUUGUCCAAAUUUGAUAAAACUAUGGAAUCUCUGUGGACUGUUUCCUAUGAAGGCAAUUAUUUUCGAUAUAAGAUUGAUUUAUCAAUGAGCUCAUUACAGAAGGUUUCUAAGAGGAAUGUGGAUAUUUUCAUCUUGCCUAAUUGUAAUCGUUUCAACCAUCGGCGUAAACCACAACCAUUCAGUGACAUUAAUGAUCCAAUAACACCGGAAUCCUUCAAUUUUAACAAAGUACCUACCCGUGAAAUCUUGCUAAAUGUUUUUGAAAAGCAUAAUACAAAAUCUUCUUUCAUCCUGAUAAAUGUCAGUCCCUUCUCUUAUUUGCAUUCUCUUUUCGUCCCUGAAAUGAAAGAGUGUUACAAUCAGGUUCUCAGGAAACAGUCGCUUUAUUCAGCUGUUAAAUGUUUUCUCUUAAGUGCCAACAGAUAUUUGUGCAUGGGUUUCAACAGUCUUUUGGCUCAUGCCUCUGUAAAUCAUCUGCACUUUCAUUUUUGGCAAUCACCAGAUUACUUGAGAGCUAUGUCUACAGAAAUUAAACCGAAAUAUGAGAACUCAAUGUUUUUCGAACUAGUUGAUCAUCCUGUAGAUAAUUUUGUCCUCGAAUUAACGGAUUUAACAGUGUUGGAUCAGUUUAUGGAUCAUCUGUGGAUGUUGGUCAUGUCGUGCCAGCAGCUAAGAAUUGCUCACAACGUUUUCAUAGCCCGUUCUAAAUCUAGCGGAUAUAUGCGUGUUGUAGUAUGGCCACGCUGUUCAGCUUUUGGUGCGAAAAAUGUUUCUGCUGUCGACUCAGAAGUAGGUUUUUACGUGGCUGUUGCUGAACUGGCUGGAAUGUUGGUUGUUGCCAGUGAAGAUAUUGCCUCUACGUUGAACUACGACAAAGUAGAGUCGAUCUUAAGUAAUGAACGUUUGCCGGAAAACACUUUGCAUAUUUUGCAGUGUACACUGUUCGAAGCUCUCCGUACCACAUAAUUAUAAUGCGAUUUGGAAAUUCUCAACGUACUCUCAAUAUUGAAUAAAACGAAAGUGUCACAAAUAUUGUCCAAACGUUUUAAUGCAGUUUAACCUGUUACACCUUAAAUUGUAUUUAAAACUUGACAACUAAGCUUUAUGUGUAGCCCACUUUUUCAGAAAUCCAGAUAAAACUAUUUAUUC